AUCAAAGGCAUUGAGAGAGAAGAAACAUUGAUUUCGAUGUUACUGCAAUGGUGCAGAGACUAAGCUUCGAUUGGGAUGUUAUAACAAUGAUUCAACCACUAAAUACGAUAGAUUGGACUGUCACAGAAGUUCAUCAGAAUCUGAAAAAAACAGAUUGGCAAUUUGCAACAAUGAACAGAAGUCUCACCAUGGCACUUUACCAUCUUUCGACAAGGUACGAUGAACUGCCUUUAAGACAUCGAAUCAAAUACGUGCUUCGGGUUAUUCAAGCAAUUUACUACCCCAUCCUCACUAUCUUUGGUCUUGCUGUUAACAUUGUCACGAUUGUCAUCCUCUCUCAGGCAAAGUGUGGUCUCUCAAGAUGGAUUACCCGUUACCUGGUAGCCAUGUCAGCGGCAGAUUUACUCGUUGUUAUCCUCGAUCUGAUGUUGAGACAGAUUCCAAUUGUUUUUAGGAAACAAUUCGUUUUUCUAAUGUCUGUUCCUUUGUGCAAUAUCCAUGCUGUCCUGCUGUAUACAGCUGUUGAUUGUUCUGUAUGGUUCACCGUCGCUUUCACCUUUGAUCGUUUUGUAGUUCUUUGUUGCCGCAAGCUAAGAAGUAGAUACUGCACUGAGAAAACAGCGGCUGCAAUUCUCGGAGCAAUGACUGUUUUGAGUGGUUUGAAGAAUAUAUUCUGGUAUUUCAUGUUUACAGGUCUGUAUCGGCUUCAUAAAGAACCCUGGUUUUGUUUUGUAUCAACAGGUGUUCAAUUCUCUUUGGUCUGGGGCUCCAUCGAGUUUGCUCAUUAUAUGCUGACCCCAAUUAUCCCAUUUAUCAUUAUUUUGUUAUUGAACGCAUUCACAGGAAAACACAUUUUAAUGAACACCAACCUCCGCAAGAGAAUCUGGACUCGCACAAAUGUAGUAAAUGCUAGAGAUACAGAGAUGGAGAACAGAAGAAAUUCCAUCAUUUUACUCUUCUUAAUCUCUGCUAAUUUUAUCCUAUUGUGGUCACCACUAUUAACUUCUACAUUAUGGAUACGGAUGAGGUUGUUGGGGUAUGCCGUACGGCUAAAUCAAUAUUGGCGAGAUAUUGGCUUCAUGUUGCAACUUUUGAGCUGUUGCACAAAUACUUGUAUAUAUGUGGUGACACAGAAAAAGUUUCGAAAGCAGUUGAAGAAUGUUCUACUGUACAUAUGUACUCGACUAGUCCAAACCAUCCAAUGACAUAAUUUUAAACUCGUUGAGGGCCGGAAGCAUUUUUUGAUUGUACA